AUGAAGUUCGCUCGCUACUUAGAGGAAAAUGCCGUAGACGAGUGGCGACGUGCCUAUAUCAACUACCGUGGCCUCAAGAAGCUCAUUAAGCGUGUGGAUGAGCAUCAUGAAGAGCGAAAGCUUUUGCUCAACGUGUCACAGCCACAGCGCCAAGCCAGUGACGGUCCUGCGACUCGACUCCUGCGCAAGGGCCAAGGGAUCGUGCGUGGUAUGAGUACAGAUGCCUACGGUCGAGGGUAUGGUACAAUGCAGGACGAUCGCGAGAUCGAAGCGCAAGUCCCUUUGCCACCGGUCUUGCUCAAAGGCACGGGGCUGCGUUUGAAGGAGGAGGAGGAAGAGGGGGACGAAGAAGGGGUAUUUGUUGAUGAGGAGGCUGAAGAAGAAGGCGUGACAUCCACAUCACAUCACCUAUUUUUUCAGGGAAGGGAUGAGGAUGAGGUCGAGCAGCCAGCGAGGAAGACACGGUUCAAAGAUGGCGAAGUGAAUCGCUCUGCGACAUGGGUCGUCCCGGGCGAUCUUGACAAUACCGAUGUAACGUUUGACGAGCUGAUUGAAAUGCUAUUUGAUAAGGAAGAACGCAAGUUCUUUAGCGCGUUGGAUCAUGAACUCGCGCGCAUUGUGUCGUUCUUCGAUACACAAGAGCAAGAAGCGAUUGAGCGACUUUCCACACUGGUCGCACAGCUCCAGCAGCUACAAGAGCAUCGCCGUGAGUUCAAAACACGUACACGCCGUUUGUCCGGUGGAGCUAUUGGUCUCUCGCGCUUGCUGGCCAAAGUGCCGCGUGGUGUAGACGCGGAGGAAGUCCAACGUCUCAAGCUAAGUGUACAGAACCGUGAAAUGAAUCCCGCUCCGGAGAACGUUUCGAGCGACGAAGAUAUGGGUGAUAAGCGCCGUGCUCAAGCUAUGGAGCACGUCCAGAACUUGCACAUUGCCAAUCUACGUACCGAUUCCGUGUCGCCCUCUGGGACGACGACAUCGAAAUCAUUUGAUCCUGUGCACUACAAAGCAGCGCGCAAGAAGCUGCGAGAGGCAUGCAUAGAGAACUACCGUGCGUUGGAAAUUCUCAACAACUAUCGCAUUCUGAAUCGGACGGCGUUCAUGAAGAUCCUAAAAAAGUUUGACAAGACCCUGGAAGUGCAUACGAUGCAUAAGUAUUAUGACCAGCGUGUCAUGACCUCGUCCUUGGUCCAGUCCGAGGCCGUGCCCAAGAUGCUGCAUGCCAUCGAAGAGGUGUUUGCGUGCUACUUUGAACAUGGCAAUCGCAAGCGUGCACGCGAUAUCUUGCGUUCAGGCUCCUCGCAGACCAUCUUGGCGCAAUUCCAUGGGCAUCAUGGGAGCACGUUCCGUACAGGUCUGUACCUCGGUCUGGCACUGGGCCUAGCUGCCGAAGGGCUUCGUGGUGCGCUGCAGGAGUCUACGCCAGACCUUAUCCCCUCGUAUCAGACCCUUAUGGUCAUGUAUGCGACGUUGUUUAUUCCCACGCUUUUUGCGCUGCUCUUUGGUCUGAACUUGAUUGCGUGGCAACGUGUACGCAUCAAUACAGUGUUCAUCUUUGAGUUUGAUGCGCGCCAUGCGCUGGAACCGACACAAUACUUUGAGAUGCCUGCGCUGCUGCUGUUCCUCCUUUCGAUCUGUUGGUAUGCGUCGUUUGUGGGCAACCCUGCGUGGAUGCCAUGGUCACCUACAACGUGGCCGUUGGUAUGGCUUCUUACUGUUGUGGCCCUGCUUGUGAAUCCGCUUGAGAUGAUGCACAAAUCCAGUCGCUACUGGAUGCUUCGCUCUCUUGCGCGUGUGUGUACUGGUGGUGUGAUGUACAGUGUCGAGUUUCGUGACUUUUUCCUGGGCGACGAGCUGAACAGUCUGGCCUACUCCGUCUCGAAUAUGUGGGUUUUCGCGUGUGAAUACGAUCAUGGUUGGUACUGGCCUGAUCAAUGUGCAGGCACGCAAACGUACUGGACGCCUGUUCUUUCCGCACUGCCAGCAACGCUGCGUCUGACACAGUGCUUGCGUCGGUACAUUGAUACCAAUGGCAAGAUGCGCAUCCAUCUUGUGAAUGCGUUCAAGUACCUCUCGUCGAUCCUCAAUGUCCUAUUUUACUUCCGCUAUCGCCAGGCAGGCUCGCAAGGCGUGCUGCCCCAUGGUCUAUGGGUCCUCUUUGCUACGAUCAAUUCACUGUAUACGUGUACCUGGGACAUUGCGAUCGACUGGAAUCUGCUGCAGAAGUCGUCGCGCUAUCCACUUCUACGUUCGCACCUUGCGUACGAUGAUAUUUGGCCGAUGUACUAUGUCGCGAUGGUCGUGAACAUCAUGAUUCGAUUUGUAUGGGUCAUUUACCUAUUUGGGGAUGCUAGCUCGGUACCUCUGCGAGCGUUUGUCGCCGCGAUGCUGGAGAUGCUGCGUCGAUGGCAAUGGAACUUUGUGCGCUUAGAGAACGAGCAUCUCGGUAAUGCCGACUCGUUCAAGAUCGUACGUGACUUGCCGCUGCCCUACCCUGUGCGUCGCCGCCAUGGCUCCGACUACGGGGAUGAAGACGAGUACGAAAGCGAAAGCGAUACACGCACAUUGGGCCAUGGAUCGCAAAUGUCCACCAACGAGUCGCGCAUUCGCGAUGCCUUGCGGGAGACGCAGAUGCACCUGGACGAAGUGCGACAGCGCCGAACUACGACGCUGUAA